AUGGAGGGUGAAUCCAUAACUUGUGUCAAUUCUUCCUUGGCGAAACCAUUGUCGUCCUUGUCCUCCUCGAAGCCAUCUUUUGAUUCCAUUAACAUUUUGGUUGUGGAUGAUGAUACUACUUGCCUCACCAUAGUAGCUGCAAUCCUAAAAAAAUUCAAAUAUCAAGUUGUGACAGUCAAGCACCCGAACGAUGCCUUAUCAGCUCUUCGAAACAAGGGUUUUGCCUUUGAUCUUGUUGUUGUAGAUGUUCACAUGCCCGAUAUGAAUGGUUUUCAGCUGCAAGAAACUAUAGCCAAAGAGUUCAAUCUGCCUGUUGUGUUGAUGUCCGCAGACGACAAAGAGCACAUAGCAGCGAAAGGGCUCGAAGGAGGGGCAGCCUUCUUCAUCCUCAAACCUGUCCUGCCCGAUGAUCUCCGGGACUUGUGGCAAUUCGCAGCUGCGAAGAAAAAUCAAAAUGGCAAAAAACCCAUGGAGGAUACCUCGAAUAAUCCUCCUCCUAUCGUCGAGCCACAAAUAGCGACAAAAAAAUAUAACAACAAUGGUGCAUCAAGUAGUGGUCAUGAUCAACAAAAGUUAUCUCGGAAGGACGCAAAGAGAAAGUCGCCGAAAAAAGAUUCGGGGGAUCCAAACAAGAAAGGGGAGAAUUCUCCUCAGAAGAAGCCUAAAGUCAUUUGGAAUACCGUUCUUCACAAUAGAUUCUUGGAUGCCAUUAGAAGCAUUGGACUUGAAAGAGCUGUUCCAAAGAAAAUUCUGGAGGUCAUGAAUAUUCCAGGGAUUACCAGGGAAAACGUAGCAAGUCAUCUACAGAAAUAUAGGAUUUUCCUCAGGCGUGUGUCAGAUGCGAGUUGCCGAAUUCAUUUCCCCCUCGACAAGGCCAGCGACAUUGGCGCUCUCGCCGGCGCCGGAAUUAGUCCAUCCUUCGACUUCACAAAAUCAAUCCCUCACCAAGCCCUAACUCUGGACCCUCCUCCCCAUUUCCAAAAUCCAGGGCGAUCAACACUAUUUUCCGGCCCGGUGCUGCCCUCAUCGUCCAACAUCCAGUCGGGGUUUGGACAGUCUCGGCUAAUCCUCGGUGGUAAUAACAAUAAAGGGAAUAAUAGGCUCAUCAGGCCAAGCACCAGAAACCCUAACCCGAUCAAUCAGACUCAUUUCCAGGGUUUCCAUAACAGUUUUCAGCCUAGUGGAUCCAUUCUGCCAGGCCUGGAAGAUUCCAAUUUAUCCCUGGAAGGUUUCUCCACCAGGCCCCUGUCGCCUGCCUAUCUCAAUACCUCAUUUCUGAGCUCUCCCAUGGCCGCCAAUCCAAACCCUAGCUUUGGAAUUCCAUCCAGAAUUGGGACAUUUGAUGGCAAUGUUGGUAAUAAGUACUCCUCAAACUAUGUCGGAUACAGCCUGUCGGGAAUCGAACACCUGUCCGAGUCAGGACAAAUAGGGCAAGACUUCAAAUUCAAUGAGAGCAACAACCUCGACUUGGCUGGCUGUUCUAUCUCCUCAUCAUUUAUGUCUAAUCGAACCCGCGGUGGAGAACUGCUAUCUGAUGUUAUUGCCAAUUACCAAACUCCGGCGCCUUCCAAUGGCAACACUGAUCCAAUGAAUCAAGGCCUUAGGGCUCAGGAUCAGCAGCCUGAGACUUUUGCUCGAUUCGAUCUAUCUGAAUUCGAUAUCCUUACCAAUCAACUGCCGCAGCUUGAUCAGGGAUCGAGCACUUUUGUCGAAAACAGCUACGCCAUGCAGCAGAAUUUUCAAAAUCAACAACAGCCGCUCCAGAACCAAGGCCUACCUUAUGCGGACACGAACUUAUAUGGCUCCACAAACCUUUGGGACAGUCUUCUUCCAUGUUUGAAUCAAGCUCAAAACCAGGCAAGUUUUACUACUUAA